AUGGAGUUGGAAAUGUUCGUGGAACGGCAACGUCGCGAACUUCAGCUGGCACGUCAACGAGUUCGACAGUCUCGAGCGCAUCUGCCGAAUGCGUUCGUUGGCUCUACGUCAAUGUAUGAGACAAGUUCGGGUACUAGUCCAGCUGGCAUAACGCAUUUGCCGUUCGCAAAUCCACAAUUCUCGCAUAUCACCAACGCUGCUGCCACCACAUCGUCCACACAAAAUUCCUCCCUGUCACUGCCGCCCAGUCCACCGCACAAUCCACCACUUCAGUUCGAUUUCCCGUCGACAACGCUCUCACCGAGAGAUUCCAAAGAUCCCAAAGUUAGUCGAUGUUGUGAUGUCUUUUAUUCAUUUCUCUUCGGUUAA